GUUUUGACUAGAGAGUCGGCAGGGCUUUCGGACUAUUUCGAGCGUCGAAUGAGAGUCGAUACGGCGUUACAGUGGAACAGCGCAAUUCAAUAUGAAGAUAAAGCGUUCUACGCCACGGCGAUGGAUUGGGAAUAUGUUUCGGCAAAUUGGAGGGAAAUUAUAAACAAAGAAAGCCGAGUUUGUUCUGUGUAUUGUUACAAGCUGGAUAUGUUAAGUGUGUGAAAAAACAACAACAACAACAACAUGAAUUCACAGGCUAGUUUGGAUUAUAUUAUAGAAAAUGAGGAGUUUAUUCGCAAGUUUUCGGAUACUCUAGACACGGAAAAUGAAACUGUUAAAAAGCAAGUAUUCGAAAUACUGUCGGCGCUGUGUGUGUAUUCCGAAGAAGGGUAUGCACGUGCACUCGCUGUCCUCGAGCACUACAAGACGACAAAGAAGAAGCGAUACCGGUUCUCGCUGCUGCUGGACGACCUCAGCCACACCGACAACGUGGCCUUCAAGACCAUCCUCCUCGAGUUCAUCAACUGCCUCAUCAUCUACACCAAGAAGACCGAGGACCGCAUCCGUAUCAGAAACGAGUUUUACGGACUAAAGUUGCAGGAGGUCCUGAACAAACUCAAGAAGGAAGACGACCCGGGACUGGUUCUACAGAUCGAACUCUUUGAUGAACACAAAGCGAGUGAUGAGGAACAACUUCCCGGGAGAGGUGUCGACAUCAGCAGCCCACUUGACGUGUUCUAUGCUGUUUACAAACAGGUUUCUGACACGCCACAAGAGCUCCGGUUUCUGACGUGUCUUCAACACAUGCUGAAGAUUGACGACACGGACGGAAUAGGGGAAACAAUAUGGCAGACGGUGGAGGAACUGGUAUGCAAGGCCACGCUGGUGGAAAGCAAGAUGGAGGCGCAGAAGCUGAAAGCCAUGUCUUCACGCAAGCUGGAAAACGAAGCCCGGUGUACUUGUUCGUGCCAUAAAGAUGGCGGAUCGACUGGACUUCUGUCAAAACAACGCAGCGGGAGAUCGUCUGCUCCAUCCACCCCUGAUGGAGAUCGCUCCAUCCUGGACCCUGUUUCCUCACCUCCAGCACCACCGCCAGCCCCCGCGCCUCCCGCCCCACCUCCUCCGCCACCACCCUGCGGGGUACCACGACCCCCUUCGCUCCCUGGCAUUGGGGGUCCACCACCUCCACCGCCGCUAGGAAUGAAUAUGUCUUCGCCGUCUGCAGACUUGCCGCAACAGAAGGUGCCUAAACCCAAGUCGAAGAUGAGAACUUUUCAGUGGCAAAAGAUAUCGAGCAACAAGGUUGCUGGCAAGUCAAAUCUGUGGACUUUGGUUGGCAAACUGUUUGGUAGCUACAAGGUAGAUUACCAUAAGAUGGACGAACUCUUCAGUGUGAAUCAGCCGAAACAAAAGACAGCUUCAGGUCAUGACGGCAAUUCUGCUUUGGAGAAGAAAAAGAAAGAAAAUUCUGAGGUCAACCUGUUGGAUGGCAAGAGGAGUCUGAACGUUAACAUAUUCCUGAAGCAGUUCCGGAUGCCAAACGAAGAGAUAGUUCGUCUGCUAAGAGAAGGAGCGAGUCAAAAGUUUGGAACGGAGAAAAUGAAAGGCUUACAGAAGAUAUUGCCAACCAUGGACGAGAUUGAACUGAUCCGAUCUUUUGACGGUGAUCGAGAAAGGCUUGGAAACGCAGAAAAGUUCUACAUGUGCCUUCUCAGUCUUCCCAAUUACAAGUUACGAAUCAAUGGGAUGUUGAUCAAGGAGGAAUUCAACACUAACAUGGAAUGGAUUAGACCUUCUAUAGAGGCCGUCAUCCAUGCUGCAAAAGAGAUCAAAGAGAGUCGUCUUUUGCGGGAACUUAUAUAUCUGGUGCUAAUUGCUGGAAACUAUCUGAAUGCAAACAACUCUGCUGGAAAUGCUGCUGGCUUCAAGUUGUCUUCCCUACUCAAGCUUACAGAGAUCCGGGCUAAUAAACCCAGGAUGAACAUGCUCCACUAUGUGGCUCAGGAAGCAGAAGAGAAAAAUUCCAAGUUGCUGAAGUUCCCUGAUGAAAUCAAGGUUCUGAAAGACGCUGCGCAAACACCGAUUGAAAAUCUGAUCAGCGAAAUUCACAGCCUAACGGCAAAAGUGAAAGACAUUUCCGAACAGAUCAGUAAGACUGGAGACGACUUCAAAUCACAAAUGGCAUCUUUUCUCAUGGAAGCCAACGAAGAGGUGGUAGAUCUGGACGAAGAUCUCAAAGAAAUUAAAGCUUUGCACCUCGAACUGUCAGAAUUCUUUUGUGAAGAUCCCAAAACAUUCAAGAUGGAGGAAUGCUUCAAAACUCUGCAAACGUUUUGCGACAGGUUCAAGAAAGCAAUCGAGGAAAAUAAAGUUCGAAAAAUCCAGGAGCAGAAAGCUGAAGCCAGACGAAAAUUGCGAGAGGAUGAAAAUAAUAAGAAAUCCUCACAAGAUCUCAAAGAGCCGCUGGACCAGGCUAUGGACCGAGCAUCCGGGGAACAAGAUGGUUCCAUUGUCGAUAUUUUGCUCGCAGACGUUCGAUCUGGCUUCACAAACAGGAAGUUUACCGAGGGCUCGUUCUCCGUUUCAAAAGUCCAGAAAAUCAACCUCGAUAUUGUCAGUGGAGUUUCGAGUGGCAAGGGAGAAGCUGUGAGUCCCGGCACAGAGCAUAAUGGUUCAGAAAGUCCUGGUUUCGUCCGUGGUGGCUUUGGUCGCAGAAGCAUGAGAAGGAGCUUGAGGAGAUCAGAAAAGAGCGACACACUCGACAACACGGACAGUGAGAGCACGUGCAGCAGCUUGGAAGAUUCUCACGCCUCGGAUCUGCUCCAGAAGCGGUCUCGUAAGAGUUAUGCGACUGAAGACGACGACUCUUUGAUCGAUUUCUUGUUAACCAGUGGGAACGGUGAUGUGAAAAAGCCAGAGAUGUCAUUUGAAAGAUAUGGAAGUCUUCGCAGAAAGAGAAAAGAAAGAAAGGGAUUGUUAGAUUCGGUUAUCGUUGACAGAGAAAGGGCAGCUUCACCAAAUCUACUCACCAUGGAAACUAAGAGCACACCGGGUUCUGACAUAUCCAACGGUGGCUCAUCCAGGCUUCAGGAUAUUGAUACAAAAAGACUUAGUUCAUCUGAUAGACUAAAACCCGAUUUCAGUGAUAAUAUAACUGCAUCGCGUGGUAUUCGUCGAACGCGUAGCAUGCUGGAUAAACCAUCCAUCCAUCAUGCACUGCGAGAUACAGCUAAAGAUGAAGUGGACACUCCUGUCUCUAAAACGAAUGAUGAUGAGGUGAUAGAAAGAAUCAAGAGAAGACUUUAUGGUAAAAAUGAUAAGUCUCCUGCAGACACAGAAUCUAGUGGACGAAAACUUCCCGAGACACCUGUCAGAUUGUCUGCUGAUGACGAAAAUGACUUGACACGAUCUCCUUCGAGGUGGAGAUCCUCCAUUCCUGGAUCAGAGUCUCCCAGACCUUUGGAAACAAUAGAUGAGAAAAACAAACUGAAUACAGCGGUUCAACCAUGUGAUAGUGUAUCAACGAACUCUGUCAUUGAACGAGGCAGAGAAAGACUUGCACACCGGUUGAGUGGUUUAAACCCAGCAGAAGUGCUCAAACAAAUGGAGGAACAGCAAAACGGUGAUAAAAAGACCUCCAGAUCAGCGGAUGAUUCUAAUGGUACUGACAAUAAAGUUUCCAUUUCAGUGAGGCAUAGGAUUAGUAAGAACAUGGGCACUGAUAUAGACGGGGUGCUCAAGUCGAUUGAGGCCACAGGUCGCCAGAUAGACAGUAUUGGGGUAUCAGGUCCUAUUAAACGACCAACAAGUUGUGGUCCUGAGGUUGAAAGUAACACUCAUCGACCAGACACACCAAAUAGUGAAGUUGUCUUAAAGAAUAAAAGAGAUCGCAGAAAAAUGCGGUCUCAGCUAUCAAUUGACGAAGUGCAUGCUGCUCUAAAGGGUCUUCCACUUGGCAUACCAAGAGAAACUGCACAGACCAUAAUGGUGAAUCACGUGACGACUAAUGACACGCCGAUACUGCCUUUUAGACGAAAAUCUAUGGAAGAUGAACCCAACAAAGUUUCACAGGAGAGUGAUAAAGCUAAAAGUACUGAUAAAGAACUCAGCAAAGCUGCAAAAAUGGCCGGCAAACGAAAGUUUCGAGCAGACCGGUUUGGUGGCAAAGAGAGUGCAGCACAAAAAUCUGCUGAAUCUGCUUCUGAUAAUCUCCGUGCAAAAAGCAACGUGGAAACGGAUUCUGUCGAUCAAGCAUUGAAAGAUUUUGUUUCGAAAGGAGGUAUGAACAGAUCAAAAUCUUAUGAUGAAUCCGUCGCCAGAAAGGCUCUAACUGAAAAUGAUGAGUUCAGUAUCCGAAAUACAGGAAGCAAUCCAGACACACAGAAUGAGAAGCAUGCUAUUCUCAGAGCUAGCGCUAACCGACUUUCUAUGGAUGGUCGGAGAAACGGACUGUAUGUUCCCAGUGAUGAUAGUGAUAGCGAAAUAAACCAAAUCCCACAAAGACUGUCCAUACUUUCCAGGAGUGAAAAGAAAAAGUCCGACAGCAGACUGUCCACCAAAUCUGCUAACACAUCCACGGAAACACUUCAAGCUGACAACAUCAGUGACAGUGAUUCAUCGCCAGAAUCGCGGCGGCGAAACACUACCUCGUCACAAAAUUCAUCGACCGAACGCCUUCGACCUGCAAGUGUUUCAGGUUUUAGUGAUAACACGCGUGUGUUCAGUCAUCCAGAUACAUCAGUUGGUGGGUCUGUGGCAAGAUUCAGAGACUUCGAGACUAAGCUUAGUCAGUAUGGGGAUGAUGACGAAAGUCCAUUUGCUAACAUUGCCAAAUGGCGCUUAAAGCGUGAAAAGAAGAGACUUAGUACGUAUGACAAUGUUAGUGACCAGGAAGGACAUACCUCUCCGCGAAACAGACUAAACCAUGACAGCAGUCACGACAGUAGCAUUUUGUCCAAGCCUGAUGACAUGAAGCACGAAAUAGGCUCGAGAAGCAGCUAUGCUAGCAGUUACGCGAGCAGUACUGACCGUGAUGAAGGUUUUGAAACCAUGUCAGGAACAGUUUCUCAAAGGACUUCUCUCAGUAGUACCCUUGAUUCGGAUAUCAUCGGUACACCAACAAUGUCGCGAAAAGCAGACACCAAGAAGCUGCAUAUCGAGCCUGUGCAUAACAAACAGAAAAUUGACAAUGAAAUUAUUGUGAAUUCUGUGUUGUCUGUGGAAAUAAGCAGGAAGCAAAGGACUGAAUCGUGGACUGCAUUAACUGUGAUGGCUGGUGGUAACACUAACAAGGAUUUGUCAAUUGAUUCGUCGGUGGAUUAUUCAGCCUCAUCUCCCGACAGUGGUCAUGGCACGUCCAAGGAGGAUAUGUGGAGUGAGUCCUCUAAUGCCUCUCCACUAAAGCGAACACAAAAGGUCUCUCCUAGAAUUUCAGAAUGUUCCGAGACGCCCAGCGAUACGCCCAAGGCUCCAAAGAGGAGAAGCACUAAAGCUCCAAGUUACAUGAAAGGCACUGCAAGCAGUUCUACUCGAACUGUCAUCGACACGGCUGCCGAAAGUAAUGGAAGAUCAACCCCUACUGCUAGUGCUUUGUCUCGCAAUAUAUCUUCCAGAGCUUCUAUGAGAGCUGAGGCAGCCAGCAGAGCAUCAACAAUGAGUCCUACUUUCCAGAGGAACACGUUUGCCAGAACAUCGAUGAGAGUAUCCAAAACAAGCAAGGCAACAGGUCUUAACAAAUCAAACACCGAUUCCAACACCAGCAUCGUGUCAUCGGCCAGUGCAACAUCAGAUGCUAAUCAAGCUGCUAAAAAGAAAACACCUGGAAAGUCAGACACAACUACACACACCAAGAGAGUUGCGCCAUCUCCACCGACACCGACACAUAACACAUCACUGUCAUCUCCUGCAUCCAGACCGACUACUCCAUCACUGCCGGGAGGUAAAAGCCCUCUGACGCGGACCCAGUCUAUGAGAACACCUACCAGACGGUCUCUACCAGCUGGAGACAUCCAGAGAAGUGUUACUCCUCAACCAUCAUCUCAAGGCGAACGUAAGACGUCGUCGGCAAAACGGUUUGGGUUCAUGGCACCCACAGCAUCGUCAUUAUCUCAAUCAAAAACUGACAACUCUCCUCAGACAUCAGCCAGAAGCACGCCAGAUAAGUCUAAAGCAAAGACAUCUACCACGGGUGCUUCCAGCAAAGCCAGUGCUUCUACGAGUUCGUCACCAUUAAAACGACACGCAAGCUUGAGACUUCCAUCAAGAAGUGCCACUAACUCUGUGUCACCAGCAGCUCACGAGGAGCCAGUGGGACACAAAGACAAGCUGCGCGCUGAACGUAGUGUAAAUCCAGUUGUUGGCAGACGUCUGUCGGACUCCACGCCAAAGGGACAUAUUGAAUCUCCUCAUAAGUUAUCCACUGUAACAGAACAGGAAGAGGGAAAUGUGGACCUUCACGAAAAGGACAAAUCCCCUUCUUUCCUGAAAAGAAUAGGACUGACGAAAACGAAAGACAGAGCAUCAGUGAAAGGCUUAGUGAAAGGUGACUCCAAUGAACGGAGUCCUGAUAAAAAACGAAAGGCUGUAAAGUAAAGACUGUUAAUAACUUUAUUAUAAUAUUAAAUAUGUUGAAUUAUGCACAUAAACAUUUGACACGUGUAAAUGCUGUAAGAUAAACGUCAGGUUGCAUUGUACUGGCUCCAUGUGUCGUGGAUUUUUGACAGUUUGUUUUAUGUUGAACAUACUAAUAUGGCUUUCUGGGGAUUUUCUGUGUUAUUCACACAAUCCAUCAGUUAAUGUGUAGCUCACUGAGCUGGUACAUUGCUGUAUUAUCACAAGCUCACGUUUAAUUUAACAUAGAUGGCUUACACUAUUAAUACAAUAAUUAAAAAAAAACGUAUAAAGUAUAAUCAUGACAAAGCAGCUCUGAGAAAAAGUCCAAGUAAUGUUUUUAAAUAAAGAUGGUAGUUCGUGUAUCAUAGUCGGAGAAAUUAAUAUAUCACGUUCACAUGGAAUCGGACUGAUCAUUUUUUGUAUCAUGUACGUCUUAAGAUUUAAGCAGAGUUAAGCCAGACAAAGUGAUCCUUGUGUUUAACGGUAAACCGAAUUCCGACAUUACAGAUCAUUCAAAUGUUCGCAAACGUUAGCGUUGCUCGCUGUCGCUGAACGCAGGUCCGAUGUCAAUAUCGGAAAAAGUAAAUCCACAUUUAAUGUAUUGAUAAUUUGCAUUAGAUAUUGUCAAAACCAAUGGUAUGAAUUUGAAUAUUUUAUGUAAUUACGUUUAUCAACAUAUCACAUUUAUAUAAAAUUACAAUCCUAGCCGCUGUUGGUUUGUAUGCAACGUGAUUAAGGCUUUCUUUUCGCCAAAAUCUUGUUAAAAUAUAUGGUGGACAAGUCUUCGAAAGUUCACAGAUAAUUGAUGGAUUUAGCAAAAGAUGAGCUUGUUUGUUUUUGGCUCUUGUUAUAACGACUUGGCCAUUGGAAACAAAAUGUGCUAUAGCUUUGAACCAGACACGUAACUCCCGGUGCUUUGGUGUUCAGCAGCAAGCAAUUAGUUCUCGUUAAUUAAUAAAGUCUGAUCUUUGCCCAGACCUGAUACAAUCCUAGAAUAGUCUGCGUUUUGAUGUAUUCAACAUAUUCUUUGUAAAAAGGUAUUUCAUUUAUUAUAUUUGUAUAUUUACAUACACAGCAUGUACAUAACAUUUGCAUGUCAGCUGCUAUUUAUGCGACUUUCAUCAGACGAAAGUCUUGAUACGUCUUGUUUUAGUGCAUGCUGAUAUCAAUUCAAUUAGCUUGUGAAAUGUAUUUGAACACGACUAAAACCACACACGUGUACUAUAAGUAGACACACUGGUGUAUUCCUACUGACAGCAUUAAGCCAAAAUACGUGGUAUAUGAUAUAGAAGAUAUUUCGGUGCCAAACGGUUGGAUCCAGUGAGAAAUGAUAUUGCAUUGCGUCAAUACAAAUUGAUUUUUAAACACUAAGUGAUAAUGUUGAGACCUGGAUUCGAACCCAUAGUCAUCAAGCCAACAUGCAUUUUAGGCAUUAUCAACAAUAAUCAAAACUAGCCAAACUGAUCUAGCUUAAAUGCUGACAGACAAUAAACGAAAAUAAUCGAUUACUAUAUGGAAGACACACGCGUGUUAUUCAUAUUUAUAAUACUUGCGAUUAUGAUGUAACCAAUUAUUUAAUUAGAUCUUACAGAUCAUCAACACAAAAAAUUGACUGGAUCUUACAAUGUUCCAUUGUAGGGGAUUAUUUUAUUGCAUCUAACCAUUUGGUACCCGAUUGCGGUGAUUGACAUAUUAUGUCAUUGCCGAUGUUGUAGUUAUGCUAUGGAAAUGUGCAUGUGCUGACGAUAUCCACUUGGAUUCAUGUCUAGACGUAGUGGCUGCUGAUGUACAGACUGUGGUAAAUGUUUUCUAUUUAAGCGAGUGACGUGUGCAACGAAGUGGUUGCCUAUUAGCAUAGUGAUUAGACCACUUCCCGGUAUUGGUGCCAUCCCAUGACUCCACGAUGUUGUACAAACAGACAUUUAAACGGUUUGUAUAAAAUCACUGGUAUUUUUUUUACGACAGGCUUUUCCCUCCGAGAUAAUGGGCAUGCAGACAUUUUUAGAUGGAAUUUUCCUCCAUUUUUUUUUUCACAGAAAGCAAUGACAAAACCUCAUAUUGUAAUAUUUUGCAACCCAAGUAAUCUGUCUUCAUAGCAGUUUUCUCUGAAAAUUAGUUUGUUUAGAUUAAUAAUUGACCAUACAAUGGUAUAAAAUGAAUACACAAUUUAAGUGUAAUAUUAUUGGUACUAGACAUCAAAAUUAUUCGAGUAACGGUAAAAUAGUUGAUGCUUGUUUGAUUGAAAGAAAAAAACCCAACUAGUAAUAUUGUAAUAUAUGUAAAGAAAUGUCAAUAUUAAUAGCUUCAAACAUGAUCAAAUAUUGUAUCCGUAUAUAUUUAUAGUAACUGAUGCCACAGUCACUGUCUCGGUGAACCAAUAAUGCAAAACAUGAAACGUGCCUUAAAUAAUGUUUAUAUUUAAACCGACUUUUACUUUAAUUAUUAUUAUACGUUCUUCGUUGUGUACUAAAAUAAAUAUUCACAAUGCAAAAAUAUAACUUUAUAUAAUCAUGAUUAUAUAUAUAUAUAUAUACAUGUGCUCUCACACCUUGAUUUUUAGGAAUUCAAAACUUCGAGUUCCAAAAUGUCCGCCGGACAUUGAUAUUUAUACCAUGGUCAGCCAUUUUACUUACUAUUGUAUGUUUAUAUUUCUACAAUCACCCCCUCCCCCUCUACUUAUGCAAAUGUGUUUUGUCUUCCAUUAUACCAACACAUGCCUUAAUAUUGUUGAGGAUGAUGUAUCGCAUGCUGUAUAGUUUGUACAGCUGAUAACAAUAACGUGUUGUGAUAUUAAACCAUUGUGUAAUAUUUUUGUAUCACAUAUUUGUUACAUUUUGUUAAGAAGUUAAGUAAAUAAUAUUUGCCUCUU